AUGUGCCACACAUGCAAAUCAAAUGAACAAAAUAUUAAUGAAGGGCCGAAAAUCGGUUCAUCUGAAAACCCAGCUUUUGAUGAUCACAAGAUAAAGUCAACCUCCACCUCAAUUGUGCAGCACAAUAUUAUGACUUUCACUGUCAGUCAAAUUGGCACGAUAUUCGGGAAUUUACCAUACGAGCCGCUAGCAAUCCCUGUUAAUAUGGUUCACGGUGAUUAUAAUCAAUCUUCGUCGUCACAAGAGAAUGUGAAGGAAGAGCACUGUGAAAUUGGAUUUCAUGAUCAAUUUUACUGUGGAUCAACUUGCUUGAAAACCUCCACUUCUAUCCGGAUAAAUCAAGAAUACGAAUUGAUUUUGAUAUUAUUUGUCACUAUACUUUGUAAUGCAGAUUGUCAACACACAUUUUAUGAGUCGAAAAACUUAUCCAUUUGGGACCCCAACAAAGUUUUCAGGAAAAGAAGAUCGAAGCUUCCUCAAUACACUCUAUCACCAAUAGCCAGAAUCCUCAAACAGCUUCACCAUGUCUAUCGUUCGAAGCUAUCUACAUUGAACAGGGUUGAGGCAUAUGAUCUUCGUGAAAAACGUGCUCCCAAGUAUGAUGAUGUUCUGAUUUACGAGAAAUGCAAGCACGUGGCUGAAAACGAGAUUGGCAUUGGGGCCAAGCUGUUAUCAUCAUCACCACCGUUUACUUCUUCUAGAAAGGAGAGGCUUUACAAGCCGAGAUACGCUUUGGCUUAUUCGACGACGUCAUCUUCUUCGAACGAGAGUGGUUAUUCUUAUUAUUCAAAUUGCCUGAUUGAUGUGCCCAUAACAAGUAGCCCAUCUAAGUGA